ACAACCAUUUUCUACACUUAAUCGCACGAUCUAGUUUAUAUAUAAUAUGAUCAUAGUGAUCCAUUAAUUAUCCAAACAAAUAAGAAACGAAAUAGAGAAAAAGAAAACGAAAGAAUGUCUUCAUCAUCUUCCCUAACGCAGAGAAACCCAACAAGUUCGCAAGAGCAAUCGGAGUCUGUUCCACAGCUAAGGAGGCAGACAUCUCAACAUGCCGCCAUGUCACAGACGCUAACCUCAGCUGCAAACUUGGCAAAUCUCCUUCCAACCGGAACGCUCUUGGCUUUCACGCUCCUCAUACCCGUCUUUACAUCCAAUGGUUCAUGCGAUUACCCAACCCGCGUUUUAACCAUAGUGCUCCUAACGCUUCUCUCCAUCUCCUGCUUCCUCAGCUCCUUCACAGACAGCGUCAAGGCUGAAGACGGUAACGUUUAUUACGGUUUUGCUACUCGUAAGGGCAUGUGGAUUUUCGACUACCCUGACCCUGAUGGUUUGGGUUUACCCGAUCUUAGUAAAUACCGCAUAAGGAUUAUCGACUGGAUCCACGCCAUUUUGUCGGUUCUUGUGUUCGGUGCGGUGGCUCUGAGGGACAAGAACGCCGUGAGCUGUUUUUAUCCGGCACCAGAGCAAGGAACCAAGAAGGUUUUGGAUAUUGUUCCGAUGGGUGUUGGGGUUAUUUGCGGCUUGUUGUUUUUGGUUUUCCCGGCCAGAAGGCACGGUAUUGGAUAUCCGGUUACCGGAGACGGAGGUCGCCGUUAGAUUUGUUGUUUAUUUUGUCCAAUUACAUAUAAACAAUUGAUUCUUUU